GGGGGGCAACAGGGUGCAGGCAGAGGGGCAACAGAGUGCAGGCAGGGGGGCAACAGAGUGCAGGCAGGGGAAGCAAAGUGCAGGCAGAGGGGCAACAGAGUGCAGGCAGGGGAAGCAAAGUGCAGGCAGAGGGGCAAGGGUGCAGGCAGAGGGGCAAGGGUGCAGGCAGAGGGGCAAGGGUGCAGGCAGGGGUAACAGUGCAGAAAGUGCUACAGAGCACAGGUAUAGACUGGACAGAAGCUGCAACCAUAGACAGGGCAAUACAGUGCGAGGGGGACUAGACUGCAGACAGGGGGUAAACUGCAGAAUCAGGGAGGUCCAGGGGUAGGGGAAAGACUUCCGAGAAGAGCAGAGGGGUCUAGGCAGAACCCAGUACCAGGCAGGAGGAGGACCAGGUAACUUACCCAAGUGUCAGGGCAACCUCAGACCCAGCUGUGUGCCUGUCUCUCCGGUGACCCCGCUUCAGGAUGCAUCACCCCGGGCACCUGCUACUGCUGCUGGUUUCUGUGUGCGCCCCAUCCGCCGCAGAGGUCCUUUUCCGCUGCCCACAGUGCACCCCGGAGCGCCUGGCCGCCUGCCCCGCAGCCUCCGCCCGCACCCCGUGUGCAGAGCUGGUGCGGGCCCCGGGCUGCGGCUGCUGCUCGGUGUGUGCCCGGCCGGAGGGGGAGUCGUGCGGGGUGUACACCGCCCGCUGCGCCGCCGGACUGCGCUGCUACCCCAGCCCCGGGGCAGAGCUCCCCCUGCAGGCGCUGGUGCAGGGGCAGGGCACGUGCGCCAAGAGGAGGGACGCCGACUACGGGGGCAGCCAGGAGCGACUGACAGACAUGCUGGAGGAGCGCUCAGACAACAUGCUCGUGGACAAUAACUUGGAUGCUGGACCGAUGGUGACAGAUAUUUUACCAAGAAGACCAUUGAGACCUCCAGUAAAGGAAGACGCUGUAAACCGCGGAAGAGCCAAUGAACAUCACCGAUCAAAAACCAACAAACCUCAUGACGAGAAGAAGAACCCAAGACAGUCAGCUCAGAGGAGUCUCUGUCAGCAGCAGUUGGAUCAGGUCUUGGAGAGGAUUUCAUCCAUGAACCUCCCCGAUGAGAGAGGGCCGCUGGAGCAUCUGUACGCCCUUCAUAUCCCCAACUGCGACAAGAGUGGCCUGUUCAACCUUAAACAGUGUAAGAUGUCCCUGAAUGGUCAGCGAGGAGAAUGCUGGUGUGUCAACCCCAAUACUGGGAAGAUGAUUGCUGGAGCCCCCACGAUUCGAGGUGACCCAGAGUGCCACCUAUAUUAUCCAAACACCGAGGAGGAACGCAAGCAGCGCGGCCAGUAGUUUACUGUCCAGGCGAUCCGCUCACGCUGCUGUCUACUCUCACAAUGUCUGUAUUUCUACACGUAGGGUCACUGACAGUUUUGAAAGUGGGCUGGUUGAUGGUGGGCUGCCAGUUGUGCCAGCAGGUGCCAUAGACAAGGUGCCAAAGUCUUUCUCAGAACCAUCCCAGUUCCAAAACUCAUGAACCUAAAUGAUCAGAGAGCUACAGCAAAGGUUCACACCUAAACCGGCACCUCUCUCUACGUGCACUCGGAGACCGACACAUUAGGUUUCCUGACGUUGAAUUUACAUUUCCAAGGAACGUUUAAUAAAAAUCAACUUCUCUGGGAUCACGGGUGCCCCGAGUUAACCUGUCAAUCAUAUGAAACAAUGUAUCCUUCCUUGCUUGUUGUAUUCUAUAUUGUUGCAAAUGUUGGACCUUGGUUUCUAACCGAUUUUGUGAGACUAAUUACCGAUUGUACAUGCUGCUUACUUCAUUAAUUUCCAGUCAAUGGCAAUUUGAUGGAUCUGGCAUGUUCUUGCCCAGGGGGGUUCUUUUUUUCUGACACAACAAUAAACUGCAACCCCAAAGACAUAAUUUCCAGCAGAACCAUCAGCAAGUGUGGGCAUGGGCGUCACCUGUAGGCAUGGGGCGAAUAACAAAGUCUUAAGUUGGGUUCUACUCGGCAAUGUUCAGUGAUGUCACUGUAGUGGGAUAAGGUGCACAGUGACAUCACAAUGCAUGGAUUAUAUGCAGAGUGAUGUCAUAAUAGCAGAAUAAUAUGCAGUGAUGUCAAAGACAGGGAUCAUGCACAGUGAUAUGACAGCAUUGAAAUAAUACACACAGUGAUGUCACAGUACAGGGAUCAUGCACGUAGUGAUAUGACAGCAUUGAAAUAAUGCACACAGUGAUGUCACAGUACAGGGAUCAUGCACACUGUGAUGUUAUAGCAUAAGCAUACUUCACAUAAUGAUGUCAAGGAUAAUCACACAGUGACAUCACAGCCAAAGAAAUCACAAUGAUCUCACAGAACUGGAAUAAUGCACAUGGCAAGGAUCUUGGAAUGGGGUCCCAUUUAGUUUUUCACCCCCCCCCCCCCUUCCAUAAGCAUUACCAGCCUUACUUUCUGAGAGUUGGGCCCCAUGGUAGCUGCCUUGUCUGUCUGCCACCCUGAUGGGAGAAGGUCUUACACCAACAGGGGCAUGACCAUUUCCUGUGUGGGUGUAGGGGUGCACUUCUCAGUUUGAAGGUCAGUUACUGUAGACACUUUCACAUUGGGGUUGCCAAAAACACAUUGCACCAUUGAGGAUUAAGGAUCUGACUAAUAAGGUGGAUUUUACUGGAAUUUCUGAGGUGUGGCCACACGAUUUAAUGAUUUAUCAUCGCAUCACGAUGGAUACUGCCGCGUCUUGUCCGCUCAAUUAUCAUCAAAUGCAGGAACAGUCACAUUUACUUGUUCAUUAUUUGCAUUCUGAGUGAUCUCCUCAGGUUACAGAAGAAUCUCUGACUAUAAAAUUGUAACGUUCAAUGAAUCAGCCU